UAUUUGUUGCUGCGCCGCCACCGCCCGAGUCAUGGUCCGCGCUUCUUUCUGGCUCUCCUAGCAGCAGCAGCCGCCGCCGCCGCCGCCGCCGCCGCCCUGCGAUCACUGGCUUCACUUCCUCCUCCUCCUCUUCCUCUCGCUGAGCCACUCGCUUCCUAGCGCUAUGACCGUUGUCUCUGUCCCGCAGCGGGAGCCGCUCGUCCUGGGCGGCCGCCUGGCGCCGCUUGGCUUUUCCUCCCGCGGUUACUUUGGGGCCUUCCCGAUGGUGACCACGGCUCCGCCGCCUCUACCCCGGAUCCCGGACCCCCGGGCGCUGCCCCCGACCCUGUUCCUCCCUCACUUUCUAGGCGGAGACGGCCCCUGCGUGAGCCCCCAGCCUCGCGCUCCGGUAGCUCGGCCCAACUGCAGCCUCGCGACGGCGGGCGGCACGCCUCGGGCGGCGCCGAAGAAGCGGCGGAAGAAGAAGGUGCGGGCCAGUCUGGCGGGCCAGCUGCCCAGCCGCUUCCACCAGUACCAGCAGCACCGGCCGAGUCUGGAGGGCGGCCGGAGCCCGGCGGCAGGCCAGAGCGGGGCGCCGGAGGUCCCGGGCCCGGCUCCCGCGACCGCCGGCCGGACUGAAGAGGCGAGCCCGGACCCUGGGCCGCUGCGGCCCGCGGCGCCCGGCCAAGCCGCGCUCAGGAAAGAGGUUUUAAAAUCAAAGAUGGGAAAAUCGGAGAAAGUUGCCCUUCCCCAUGGCCAGCUUGUUAAUGGUAUACACUUGAGUGAACAACCAAAGAUAAACAGACAGAAAAGCAAAUAUAACUUGCCACUAACCAAGAUCACCUCUAUGAAAAGGAAUGAAAAUAACUUUUGGCAGGACUCUGUGUCAUCUGAUAGAAUUCAGAAGCAGGAAAAAAAGCCUUUUAAAAAUACAGAGAACAUUAAAAACAUGCAUUUGAAGAAGUCAGCAUUUCUAACUGAAGUGAGCCAAAAGGAGAAUUACGCUGGCGCGAAGUUCAGUGAUCCGCCUUCUCCUAGUGUUCUUCCAAAGCCUCCUAGUCACUGGAUGGGAAGCUCUGUUGAAAAUUCCAACCAAAACAAGGAGCUGAUGGCAGUGCAUUUGAAAACACUGCUGAAGGUUCAAACUUAAGAUUUCAGAUUUCAGUGUGUAUGUAAAACAGUUUUUUCCAACUUCUUGGACUCUCGAAUUGGUACAGAUCUGGAAAUCUGCCUUGUUGCAAUGUAAGAGUACAAAAGAUGAGUUUAAAAAGUUACAUACAAACAGCUUGUAUUAUAUUUUAUAUUUUGUAAAUACUGUAUACCAUGUAUUAUGUGUAUAUUGUUCAUACUUGAGAGGUACAUUAUAGUUUUGUUAUGAAAGUAUGUAUUUUGCCCUGCCCAUGUGGCCGGUGAUUUGUGUAUAUAUAUAUACAUAUAUAUAUAUAUAUAUAUAAUGGAGAAAUUUUAAGUGUGCUAAGGCACAUGGAACACCAGUUUAUUUGCACAAGGUACUGAGAUUUUACAAGAAACAGCUGUCGAAUCUCAAGGUGAAGAUCUAAAUGUGAAGAGUUUACUAAUGCACUACUGAAGUUUAAGUCUGUGGCACAAUCAUUGUAAACAAUGGAGUUUUGUCUUUCGCUAAAUUGAUUCUGCCUUCCAAUCUAUAAUUACUGGAAAAACUCCUCCCCAUUUCUACCAAAUUUUAAUUUCUUGUUUUUGGUAUAUAUCCAUUAUUCAAAUUUAAGAUGCCUCUAAUUUUAAUGCCAACAAAAUCGGUUGUAAUCAAAUUUUAAAGUAAUAAUAAUUUGGCCUCCCCCCUUUAAA